CCUGCUCUUAGGAGUUCAGACGAAAAAGUGUCACUUUGAACGCAUGUGACUAGUGAAACUUUACGAUAUACACGAAAGAAAUGGUGGACGAAGCGACUCGGAAAAGUUUGAGCGGUAUCCCUUUGCUUAAAACUAAAGCUGGCCCUCGCGACAAAGAGCUUUGGGUUCAAAGGUUGAAAGAGGAAUUCCAGGCACUCAUCAAGUAUGUCGAAACAAACAAGCAACAGGAUAAUGACUGGUUUAGACUCGAAUCCAAUAAAGAAGGCACCAGGUGGUUUGGCAAAUGUUGGUACAUACAAGAUCUGCUAAAGUAUGAGUUUGAUGUUGAAUUUGAUAUUCCAGUAACCUAUCCAACUACAGCACCUGAAAUUGCUCUGCCAGAGUUGGAUGGAAAAACUGCCAAGAUGUACCGUGGUGGAAAAAUUUGUCUAACUGACCAUUUUAAGCCCCUUUGGGCUAGAAAUGUUCCCAAAUUUGGAAUAGCUCAUGCUAUGGCUCUUGGGCUAGGACCAUGGUUGGCUGUAGAAAUUCCCGAUCUUAUCCAGAAAGGUGUCAUCGUAUAUAAAGAAAAGUAAUGCAACAUAUUUUCAUUUUGUGUUGUACUUCUGUUGCAAAAUGUAAAAACAAAAACAAAAAACAAAAACAAAAACAAGCGAGCGAUUUAAAUGUAUUGUACUGCACGGGAAAAGAAUACAGACGAACUGCUUUUAUUAUGCAAGGAUCCAAGGAAGCCAUGCACAUCGAUUAAUUUUAUCGAUUCAACUAACUACGUUGCAUAGGUAUGCAAUUGAAAAAAAAAAUCCGAGCCCUUUUCCCUACACCGUUCAUAUACAUAUACUUCUGUACCAUGCUCUAUGUAAAAAAACCUUCCAUGUCUUCUUCAUACGUUCGCUCUCCCCCAUUUACCGCCUGCUUUAUGUCUCCAUGACAACGAAAAGCUUGAUGGGGUCAAUAGAUCGAAGUUGCUCCUCA